GCGGCUACCGGUGUCUCGGCAGCAUCAACUGCUACGCUUUCUUCCUUUACCUCGGGUUCAGGAGCAGCGGCUGGGGCCACGACUUCCUCCUCCUCCUCAACGUCCUCGCGCAAAAACCGGAAAAUGUCGUUCAAGACAAAGUAGCCGUUCGGUUGCUCAGCGAGAAAAAACGUUUGAGCAAACUUUCGCGAGAGACGUCCCUUGUUAGACAUCUCACCGAGGACUUGAAUAACAAUACCGCCGUUCGAAGAGGCGAGACUGUCAACGUUCGAGAUAAGGACCUUACAGUUUUGAAAGUCCAAAUCGACGAUUUUGUUAUGAAUCUCCUAAACCAUAGUUAGUUUCGUGCUCAAAGCGACGGUCAAGGUAGACAAUGAGGUUUUAGGGGAAAAGAUACAAAGAGAAAAGCAUCCCGGUAAAGACUUGUGUGCAUGAUCCGUUGAAAGACAUGACCAAAAACACAUCGGUUUUGUCUAACCUCACAAAAAUCUACACCCCCUCACAUCACGUUCCCUCCGAGAAGUAUACUCACCUGCUGACCAUGGCAAGAGUUAACGCUCUCACCCUCCUCACCAUGAACCAAGGUCGAACGUUUCGUGUAAAAGCACUAACCCGUUAGUAAUUACUCGACUUCUAAACAGACGACCGCUGUUUCAGCGAAAAACGCGUCCGUGCGUCUGAAAACCCCAAAACAAGGCUGAGAACGAGUCCGAACUUACAUGAAGACGGCUGGGCUCCUUGUUUAAAUAUGUGUAGUAUUCCUGCACAAACAUCCAGCCAAUUUCGUCUUUUCCAAGCACCGUUUCCACGGGAACAGAAGCAUCUGUUGGUGUUUUAGAAGCGGAUUGCUGUUGAACGUGAGCCAUGAUCUAUUUUGAAGGAGUUGAAGGUGUGAAGAAAAUUGUGUACCUGCUACAUAGGUAGAGCCUGGGCAGCUGGAUUGAGUAGCGAAGAUGUCCGGGAGUUCGCCGAAAAGCGGCGGUGUUCACCGCGGUGUGGUGUGUAAGAUGGCCGAAGCGUAGCCGAAAGAGUGGGCGAGGAAGUGAACAAGAAGAGAGAUGCGAGGGCGGUUGCACGUUGUGCUUGUACACCGAAUACGCAGCUUUGCCGCAAGCCGUCGCUCGUCGUGCUGCAAACAGCUUCCUCGGAGUUCUCCGGCACUCGAUGUGUCUUUCUCGGCUUUUUUCGGUGCCUUUUACUGCCUUCUCGGGAAUGUUUCGGUCUCCGGAAGAACUCCGCUCGGCCACCUCGGUCAACUUCCUUAGCAUACAAGUGUAGACCUGUCUUUCCCCAUCAUGGCAAAAUUGGGCGUUAUGGAUGUUAAGCUGUAUGCAGAGCCGAAGCCCGCCGAAAAACCCGAGGUUGAGGAGUCUGAUUCUUCGGAUUCAGAGGCUCCCGAGGAGGUUUCCGUGAAAUCAACCGCUCAGGCUAUACACGACGAGCAAGAACGUUUGUCUCGCCAUGUAAAAGCACUAGAACAAUCUGCAAAGGAGCGCCGUCGUGCCGUCCAGGAGCAGAAUCGCUUACAAAAGCUUACGAAAGUAAACGCGCAAAAACUGGACCUGAGUGUCCUCCAGUCGGCCGAACUCGAGGAAGAACAAGAAGAAGAUGCGGAGGAGGACGAGGACGACUUCUCAGAGGCUGCUGACGAGCAGGUCAUGCCCACACGCAUCGUGUUUCCCGAAGAGACGAAACGUCGUCGCACCCGAGUCCGCAAAAAGGGUGCUUUUCGCGUCGCCGUCCUGCCGUCUGGACGUGAGUCUGUCCUCCCUCCCGCGAAAGAGGUCCGGAUGGCUCAGAAAAAACAAAACUGGCUCAACAAGCACGCCAACCGCCGUCCUGCACGGAGGCCUCUUUCUUGGUAA